UUUACUUAUCCUUGGCAAAACGUAAAUAGGUCAUGGAUCCGCCUCCCACAGACCUAUAUUUUACUUCCGCUGUAAACAUACUUUGUAGACGUUUGAUUUAUCUUAUCUAUCUAAACCACGAAAUGUCCUAUCCGUAAACAAUACGAUAAUGUCGAAACCAGAUGGAUUUGACUGCGUGGAUUCUCAUUUUCACAUAUGGGAUUUAAAGAAGUUUCAAUAUCCGUGGCCAACUGCAGAAGAAGAGGCAAUAUACAGGAAUUUUUCACCAGAUGAUUUGCAACAAAACCUGGCCAAUACUCCAAUUAGACAUGCUGUGUUUGUCCAGUGUCUGAAUGGCACCCCAGAAGAAGCUAAAUGGGUGAUCAGUCAAGCAGAGAGUCACCCCUUCAUCAAAGGAGUGGUGGCAGGAAUAGACCUUACCAGUCCACAGCUACCAGAGGUUCUUGAUGAAAUGCUGAAGCUUCCGUUGUUUAAAGGUGUGCGACAUAUUUUGGACUUGGAGCAGCCUGAUUGGAUAACUCGGGAGGACGUUCACACAGGACUGAAGGUUCUGGAGGACCGGGGCAUUCCCUAUGAUCUACUCCUCAGACCCCCAUUGCUAAAAUAUAUACCAGGCAUUGUCUCAAAGUUUCCAAGAUUAAAGUUUGUGGUUGACCACAUUGCCAAACCAUACAUCAAGGACAAGAAAAUUGAUGGAUGGAAAGAAGAAAUAGCAGCGAUAGCAAAAUAUCCCAAUGUCUAUUGCAAGCUGUCUGGCCUUGUGACAGAGGCAGACUGGGAAUCUUGGAGAAAUGAGGAUUUCCAACCUUAUAUUGAUCAUGUGUUGGGUUGUUUUGGAGUGGACAGAUGUAUGUUUGGAUCAGAUUGGCCAGUGUGUACUCUAGCUAAAGCUGAUUAUAAAAGAGUGUUUGAUUUGCUGCAACAUCUUCUAAGCUCAAUGACAGUUGAAGACAAGAAAAAGAUUUUCCGAGAGAAUGCAGCAAAGUUUUACAAGCUAGACUUAAACUAAGAAUGUAUAUUUAUUUUAAUGCAACCAUGCACACUUCAUUAUUACUGUGCCAUAAAAAAAUCGUGUAUUUUCCAAACAUCAAAUUCACAAGACAUGAUUGCAUAUUUAGAACAGACUGCACAUUGUACUGAAUAAAUAUUUUUAAAAAAACA